UUAGGCCCUCCCUCCCUAUUCGCCAGCUUGUCUGUCCUAUCUAGUAUUAGCUUGAAAGCCGGACUCCGCGUGCGUUCCUGGAUAUGAUAGUGUAAAUACAGCAAGCGGGCGGGGCCCUAACCAACUAGAUUAGGCUGCAGUACAUGUUGAUCACUUGGCACACAUACUGUAGCUGCUCUAGAGGCACAAUGGGGCACAUGUGUACUGUGGUAUUCGCGAUCAGCAUAUCUGCUGUCUUUAGCGACUUUGUUCGUCCGCUGCCCCACGUUUCGCACUAUGAAGUUGUGCGGCCGGUGAAGCUAAGCAGCAGAAGCAGACGCAGUAUAUCUGAACAGGAUGGCGCGGUGAAACAGUAUCCAGAUGAACUUCAAUAUGAGCUACACUUAGAUGGAAGAAAUCACACUGUUAAACUGGAGAAAAAUAGGCUCCUAAUAGGAAAUAAUUACUCUGAAACGCAUUACAACCAGGAUGGAACUCGUGUGACCACAUUUCCAGAUUUCAAGGAUCACUGUUAUUAUCACGGACACAUCCAGGGCUUGGAGGAUUCAUCAGUUAGUGUUGGAGUCUGUAAAGGGAUUAGCGGUUUCCUGCGCGCGGCACAGCAGGUGUACCUGAUUGACCCGCUGGAGGACAGUCCUGAGGGGGACCACGCCAUCUACAAGCCCCAGCACAUGAGGGGCCGAACAGCCAAAUGUGGCCUCACCAACACCACCGAGGACGACGACAGUUUUAUCCAGCCCAGGGCCGCAGGAGUCUUCAGACCCAAUGGCCAGAACAUGCCACAUUUCAAUACGCCGCAUUAUGUGGAACUGUACAUGGUGGUGGACAAUAUGGAGUUCCGCAAAUAUAAGACCUUUGAGAAUGUGCGAGCGAGGAUACAAGAUGUGGUCAAUCACAUCGACUCGUAUUACCGAGCUGUAAACAUCCGAGUUCUGCUGGUCGGCCUCGAAGUCUGGACACAACAGGACAAGUUUACGGUCCACGGUGACGAGGGGAGAACCCUUGACCGCUUCAUCGAGUGGCGCCUGAAUGACCUUGUACCAAGGGCUCGCCACGACAACGCAAUGUUUGUGACCGGCACUAACUUUUUCAGUGACACCGUUGGCUUCGCAACCAGAAACGCUAUGUGCACGGACAAAUCAUGUGGUGUUAACCAGGACUACCAUGAGAACGUUCUGGCUUUGGCUGCCACCAUUGCCCACGAGAUGGGCCACAACUUGGGCAUGUCACACGACGAGCCUGAGUGCAGCUGUGGGCCCUAUGAGAGGAAGUGUCUGAUGGUGGCGACUGUUGAUAAGCAUCCCUUGACGUUCCCCAAGAUCUUCAGCGACUGCAGUCUGAAGCGGCUGAGCGAGUUCCUGGAGAGCCCGAGCGCUACCUGCCUGCUGGACCCCCCGAGACCGGACUCGCUGUACGGGGGCGCCGCGUGUGGCAACGGAGUAACGGACACGGGAGAGGAGUGUGACUGCGGAUCUGUGGAGGACUGCCAGAACCCCUGCUGUGAUGCGUCCACGUGUCGUCUCACCGCAGGAUCACAGUGUGCGGAGGGAGGGUGCUGUGAGAAGUGCCAGAUCAAGCAACCAGGGAGUGUGUGCAGGGCAGCAGCCCAUGACUGUGACCUAGCUGAAUACUGCACUGGUACUUCUGGAGCCUGCCCCGAAGACUCCUUCAAGAUGAACGGAGUGGAAUGUAACUAUGGCAACGGCUACUGCUACAAUGGCAUAUGCCCGAGUGCAGAAAGACAGUGCAAGAAACUGUGGGGCCCAGGUGCACGGGCACCUCCCGAGUGCUUCCAUUACAACUUGAAAGGAGAGGGGGACGCCCACUGUGGAGUCUCUGGUCGCACCUACAAGCGCUGCUCAGAUAGGGACAUGGUAUGUGGUAAGCUGUUCUGCCAGGGAGGGAAUGAGCAUCCCUUUGUAGGCCUGCCUGGCUACUGGAGAAUGCCCCAGUGCUUCUUUUUGAGGGAUAACACAGACGUUCACGGUGUUGGUAUGGUGCCAACCGGCACCAAGUGUGGCCUAAACAAGGUAUGCUACGGACACAUGUGUCAGGACGUCAAGGUCUAUGGAAACAAAAACUGCUCUGAAAAGUGCAGCAAUCAUGGGGUGUGCAAUCAUAAAGGAGAGUGCCAUUGUGACAUUGGCUGGGCUCCACCUGACUGCAGCACCAGAGGAUACGAGACCCAUGGCGCAGGUAGCAGUGCAAUCAUCAUCGGUGUGAGUGCAGCGGGCGCUGUGAUCUUACUGCUUGCCCUUCUGGUCGCCGUCACCAGGCUCUGCAAAAAGGGAAAAGCAACAAGCUUCUUCUGUAAAAACAGGAAGCCUCACUCAGGGAAGCUGACGCCGUCUUACCAGAGGGACGUCGCCAGCGACGGCCAGCUCACCCAGCCGCUCCACAUCGGCCAGCCGGUCUUCAUGGAGACCACGUCCAAGCGGUUGGACGGCCCCACCAUGAUCACCGUCAUGCCCUCCCGCCCCGCUCCAUCGCCACCCAGAAACUCACCGAGACUCCCAAGCCAGGGGUGUAAUACCCAGAUGAGGCCUAUGCCCCCUCCGAAGCCCUCGCCUGCUGGCUCUGCGAAGCUGGCCCAUAAUAAACCCACUCCACCUCCAGUGCCCCCAGUGAAGCCAUCUGUGGCCAAUGGAGGCUGGAAUCACACACAGUCAGGAACAGGAAAGCCAGCGUGGAGGCCUCCCACUGCUCCGAGAUGAUGACUCGGUGCGAAGGCAUGGCGUGAGUCACCUGAUCCAAGCGAAGCCGUCCUCAGAUUGACAUCUCCGAGCCAGACCACUGUACUGGUGCAGACCUGCCUCUAUGAAAGCUCUUUUUAUGGAGCGCUCGCUCAGGAACAAAGCCUUGGUGUGCCAGGGCCUCGUGGGGACUAAUAGGGAUCUACAGAAGGAAAUACCUCUGAUGUCAGAUUUGUUCAAAAACUUUUAUUUUAUUAAUUUUUUUUUAAAAGUUUUUUUAGGUUAGGCUUUAUUGUAUAAUAUUUAUUGUUUAUAGGAUUCCCAUUAGCUGGGGCUUAACAGGGGAGCUACACCAGGCAUGUAACUAAAGCGUUCCGUUAGCGUUGCGUUUGCAACUAUUAGCUUCCACUAUACUCAAUGGAAGCUGCACCAGACUUGAUAACGGUGCGCACAUUUAAAAAAUAAAUAGACCUGUCUUUUAAAACUAGAUUUUACACGCUGUGAAUGGAACGCUUCAGUUAUGCGCCUCAGUGCCUGGGCUAGCUCCCCUUGUAAGAGCCAGCUAUUCUGCCUGGGGUCCAACAGCACAAGGUUGAAAGUAGUUUGACUGCACUGUUCCAUGCUGUCUUGUUCUGCUGUGGACUAAGAGUUUAGUUGUAGAAGCAACGAAUGUCACUCCUUUUAAAAUGCACUUUCUUCACUUGUUUUUACCAUCCUCUCUAUGUGUCUUUUAAUAUUUAUUGUUGAAAGUAUUUAAAUGUAAUGUAAUGUAAUGUCACAUUUGAGAGGAUGGAUGUGUCUGUUGAAUAAAAAAAAGAACUGUGAAAUUGCA